CUAGUUACGGGCUCAACUGUGGCAUCAUGGUGAAGAAGCACAAGGGCACAUUGGCUGUCAUUGAGCAGAUCUAUCAGGACAUACCCGCUUUCUCUGAUGUCUUCACGGAGGAGAGUUUCUACACAUUCGCCUUUUGUUUUGUUUGCGCCACCGUCUUGGUGGCCUUUAUAUUAUCCCGAUUUAUAACCAUUAAGCCUGUUGAAUUUUAAAACAUGAGUUGCGUCUGCCAAAGCAAAACAUUUGCACUUGCACAUUAAAAUUUAAGCUUUAAAAUGUA